AUGGACACUCAACGGUUCGAUAUGAGCAUCAAGCAGCCCAUUCCUAUGGCUGUUAAGUUUCCGUUGCUGCUGGUGGAAGACAAGGAGAUAGAGGGUUUCGACUUCGUUUCUCGGUAUCCAUCUCCGCCGCCUCCUACGCCCUGCAUCCCCCGGCGCAGGACGCCGAUGGAUGCGCAGCGGUAUGAUCCCUACAAGACCAUGCUCGCGGCCACAUCUCCGCCGCGCUACUCAUCCCCCGAGCCCGAGGACCCACUUAGCCACUCUAUUCUCCCCGAGUCCGUCGCAUUCCCGCUGCCACUGCCGCCGACCAGAGACGUGUACAGCGAGCUCCUGGAGUUCCGCUUCGGCGACCGCGACUCGGGGUCCAGUGAGGAGCUCACCUCCGACUCAGAGGACACCGUCACCCCGACCGACGAAACUGAUGUCCACGGCUUCACCACCACCUACUGUUUCACCGGCACGAGCGAAGAAGGCGACUUCCCCAUCGAGCGCACAAUCGUCCGCCCAGCGCCCACGCCCCGUUUCCGCGUGGACCUGACCCGAGCGCUCGCGUCGCUCGCCGCCCGCUCAGGCUCGACCACCACCCUGCGCACCGUCCCGAGCGUCUCGCAGCUUUCAGGCGCCUCGACACCGUCCUCCCCAGAGGACGACUACGACGGUCCGAUCGCGCCCCCGGCCUCUGCGGUCGCCUCCCGCCGCCCGUCGCUCGCCCCCCUCGCGCUCGGGGAGGUCACGAAGAGCCUGAAGCGAUUCGCGUCGCGCCUGGACCCGACGACCCCGGCCUACGAGCCGCGCGUGGACAGCGGUCACUUCGAGGAGGCGCUGGACCAGUGCGAAGACGCGUGGGCGCGCGCGGGGCGCGGCGAGCCGCUCGUUGAGGUGUUCCGAGUCGUGGCGCGGACGCGCAGGACGAGCGUCGAGGACCGGGUCAUGCCCGGGUUUGAUUACGAGGGCCGAUACGCCGUCAACUUCGGGGUCGGAGAUGUGGGCCAUCGCGGUGUGGGCAACUACGGGUAUUGAUGCUGGUCCCCGAUGUGUUCCGUGGCCGGCGCACCGCUCGCGAUCUGAGUGUGGCUCAGACGGCGCGAACUUCUUGUGGUUUCUCCGAUGCGCAUGGCACGGUGUGUUUCCGUGCUCUGCCGUCUCUCCACUCGAUUCCGUCGACGGGACUGAAGUCCCUGCACAGCCUU